UUUUUGCAGUGGGUUUUAUUCUGUAUCUGAAUCUGGGUUUCUAGAAGAUGCUCGAACCAGCUUGCGUGGCUUAGGAGCCAGGGACGGUUUGUGCUUGGAGUGUAGCAUAGAUUGUAUCUAAGCAACGGUGCUUGGUAAAUGGAUUUCUGGAAUGCUCGCUUUUGUUCCUUCGACAUGCUUGUCUGAACACUGUACCCUAGGUAUGUGAUUUAUAGAGUUGCUUAUAACCAUGGUUUUAGGUUCUGUAUCUAUAUAAGGUCUGCUGUGUUUACAAUAAACGAAGCUGUUCACUCAUAUUGAGUUGGUGUGCUUCCCCAGGUUUAUCAGCAGGUUUCCCUGGCCAAGUGGGUUAUUCCCGACAUUUGGCGCCCGAACAGGGACCUGACUGAUGCACCUGGCGUUGCGAGUCUUGCGCGGUUGACAACCGGAGCAGAUUCGGAGGGCAACCUGUGUGAAUAGCUGGCCAGCUGAGCGCGACCGCGGGAGGCGGAUUGCGGAUCUCCAUCAGACGGAAUGGAGCGGGAGCAGGUCCGGUUUGGGUUCCAGCUCGUUGGACUCGGCCUAAGAUACCUUCUCCUUCUAUGGAGGACAUUGAUCAAAUCGAGCCAACCGAGGGAACCGCUGUUGUCUUCAGAAGCCAAUGUAUGGAUAACUUGGGCUAAUAAAACAAAUCAUCCAGAUUUCUGUCUUAGCUUGAAAUCAGCAGGAGGGCCUUUUCGCACUUGUUUAAUUGGUUGGCCUGAUUAUGAUUUGUCCGCUUUUCAACAUUUUGUAUAUAGCGUUAAGAAGUGUAAUUAUAGUGAAACGGCUACCCGUAGUGCGUGCUUGAUUGGGCAAUUGAAUAACACCCUUCCGUGGGAUCCUCAGGAGUUGGACUUAUUAGGAUCUCGAACAGCAAGUAAUGCCUCAGGAGACAUUAAGUGUCUCUUGUUUGGUCCAGGAAGUACUUAUGAUAAAUUUGCUAUGCGCCUUACUAGGCCACAAAAUCCCUUAAGUCCUUAUUACGGCAAACCAUGGACUUCUGUAUUUCCUCAGAACGUAGGAGCUUUCGCCUUUAAUAACUAUUGUGGUGGAAACUUUAGCAUAGGCAGUGCGUAUGGUCUUAGGUACACCCGUAUUUCUGGGAGGUUACAGCAGGAGACCCUAGUCAAUAUGAAUACAGCAAAAGCCCUUCCCCCCGGUAUAUUUCUAAUUUGUGGGGACAGGGCAUGGGCCGGAGUACCUAAAAAUAUAGUAGGAGGACCCUGCUAUUUAGGAAAGCUAACCUUGUUUGCACCACGGCGAGCGGAAUGGAGGAACAUUAAUAGGAUGCUAUCUGGAGAUGACUGCCUGAGGGAUCAACGCUCGGCAAUGAUUCUGGCUGAAGAUUGUCGUGACGAGGUGCAGCUAUGGACAGUCACUGCGAACAUCUUUGCGUCCAUCCUAGCACCAGGUCUGGUGGCUGCACAAGCCUUGAAGCAGAUUGAGCGAUUGGCAUGUUGGACAGUCAAACAAAGCAAUAUUACGUCCCAGAUUCUUGAGGAAAUGCUGGAGGACAUGGACAGCUUACGGCACGCGGUGUUGCAAAACAGAGCAGCUGUAGACUUUUUGCUGUUAGCACAGGGACACGGGUGUACUGAUUUUGAGGGAAUGUGUUGUUUUAAUUUGUCUGAUCAUAGUGAUUCCAUACAUAAACAGAUUCGCUGGCUCCUGAAUCACACGCAAUCUGUGAGUAAAGAUCAUAAUCCUAUAGACGAUUGGCUUCGUUCUACUUUUCCAGGCCUUUCCUCAUGGGCAUAUGGCCUGAUAAAAGAAGGUUGGUUACUAAUCUUGCUCUUGAUAAUUAUAGGUGGACGAAUUGUAUAUGGCUGUCUUCAAAGGGCAAUCGAUCCCCCUCGAGCCAUGCCGGUAUUUAGUACAACGUUUUCGACGAAUGAUUUUAUUCAAGAUUGGCUUAAGGAGCAAGGAGGUCAUAGCUCCUUGGAAUAUCUUGAGAUGCGCCCAUAAAAUAAAAAGGGGGGAAUUGCAGUGGGUUUUAUUCUGUAUCUGAAUCUGGGUUUCUAGAAGAUGCUCGAACCAGCUUGCGUGGCUUAGGAGCCAGGGACGGUUUGUGCUUGGAGUGUAGCAUAGAUUGUAUCUAAGCAACGGUGCUUGGUAAAUGGAUUUCUGGAAUGCUCGCUUUUGUUCCUUCGACAUGCUUGUCUGAACACUGUACCCUAGGUAUGUGAUUUAUAGAGUUGCUUAUAACCAUGGUUUUAGGUUCUGUAUCUAUAUAAGGUCUGCUGUGUUUACAAUAAACGAAGCUGUUCACUCA